AUGUUUCCAGCAGAAUUUCUGAAGUGUGAGCGAUGGUUCAUUGGACCUACUUGGUUAUAUUCACAAGAUUUCGAACCAUGUCCUAACAGUGAACAUCUUGCUGAUGUAGACUAUGAAGGAGUUAGUAGAGAAGAAAGAAAAACUUGCAUUUCAGUAUCUUGUACAGUAAAGGAAAAUGACAUUUUUAAACGAGGUUUUCUGACAACCGAUGAGCUUCGAUUAGCUACUAAAACAGUGAUAAAAAAUGUCCAAGAAUCAUAUUUUCCUCAAGAGCUCUCUUAUUUAAAAACAUCGAGAAAAUUAAAAGGUGUGAGCAGCCGAGUAAUACAAUUAACUCCCUUCCUUGAUGAAGAAGGCGUCAUUCGAGUAGGUGGUCGCUUAAAAAAUGCAAACAUUCCUGAAAAUAGCAAACAUCCUAUUUUGCUUCCAAAGGAAGGACGUGUCACUAAUCCCAUCGUAACUCAUUACCAUGUCAAUUAUUUGCAUGCUAGUCAAGAGUUAUUAAUAAGCAUUUUACGAAUGCAGUUUUGGAUUCUUUCGGUGAGAAGCGUAGUGAGAAAGAUUAUUCACAGAUGUAUUCCUUGUAUUAGAAAUCGAGGCAAGACUGUGACCCAGAUAAUGGGUGAUUUACCCUCGCCCAGAGUUCAACCAUCAAGACCUUUUGCAGUCACCGGUGUUGAUUAUGCUGGUCCAUAUUCUAUUAAGUCCCAAGUUGGGAGAAGAACAAAAACUUUCAAGUGUUACGUAUCCAUUUUUGUGUGUCUCUCAACAAAAGCUGUACACUUGGAGUUAGUCAGUGAUCUAUCAACUUCAACGUUUUUAGCAGCUCUAAAAAGAUUUAUCGCCCUACGAGGCAAACCAUCUAAAAUUUCAAGUGACUGUGCUACUAACUUCAAAGGUGCUAGUAAGGAACUGAAGGAGAUUAUAAAAAUGCAGCACGCAUUGAGAAAAGCAGUGAAUUAUGUGACUACAUUACCUCAGAACGUAUAA